AUGGUAUUAGGACAUCAAAGCUUGUUGUCAAACAUGUCGGGAAGUCCACCUGGAUUACAACCAGCUCUUCAACUUGCGGCUGUCGCAGCCCAUUUGGCUCCAAGAUCUCGACCAUGGGCACCUUUCUUGCAAUUUGGCAUGCCAAUGUUUGCUCCAUUUCUAACGCGUCCACAUUUUGGCGGCCCACCUCAACACAAUCUUCUUAAUAUCAGUAAUAUGAGUAAUGGUGCAAGUAACAGUUCACAUUCAUCAAGCAUAUCUUCGCAACGAAAUUUACAAAGUCCACCAAGUGAAGACUCGAAUGAUGAAAGAGGUAAGAACACCGUCGGAUGA